GUAAUGAAAAAAAAUGAGUAAAUAAUUAAUUUUAAAUAUUUUACGCAAUAUCUUAAUGACUUAUUGACUCGUUUUGAAAGUUCGUAAUCAUGUGCAUUUUUUUGCACCUGGAAAUUGACUUAGUCGUAGUUUAAACAUCAAAUUGUUAACAUCAAAUUAGUUUUUCAAGAAAAAAUUAUUCAAUUCGAAUCAGUAUCAUGAUGAAGUCGUUAAUUAUCUUGAGCAUAUGCUUGACCUUAGCUUCCGCAGCGCCAUAUGACUCUGAGAUUAUUACGAAUAACAUAGCCACCGAUAACCAAACAAUAAAUGACGAACAGUUUCUUCAUUUAGCAGCCAAAAAUGGUGAUCAUAUGGCAGUAAUAAAAUUUAUUGAUUUGGGUGCAUCGGUGAACAGUGUCUCCGAAGAUGGAUCCACGUCUCUUCAUAAGGCAGCUGAAGGUGGUAAAGAAAAAGUGGCGGUCAUUCUUAUCAAAAAUGGUGCAAAUGUGAAUUCAAAAGAUUUGGACGGAUUUACACCACUCCAUAAAUCCAUAUCAAAAGGGCAUGAAAAAAUGGUCGAAAUUCUAAUUGAAAAUAAUGCAGACGUUAAUAAUCCAUCGAACAAUGGAUCAACGCCACUACAUGCAGCUUUUCAAAUUGCCAAUCCAAAAAUAACCGAAAUUUUAAUUAAAAAUGGAGCCGACAUGACGAUUCUAGACAAUAGUGGUCAAAGUGUUUUAAAAAUGUCUCUGAAUAGUAUUAACACGGGAAUGUCUACCCUCUGGUUUGGUAUUCGUGAGAUGGCUCACAAAACCAUGCAUAUCGUUUCAAACCCGAUGGAUGUACUUCGCAAGUCAAACGUUGAAAUUUCAUAUAAUCCCAAUAAUAAAAUACAUGAAAUAAACAAUUAUUCAAAAUCUAAUCAUGUGGUUAAAACAAACUUUGGAAUUGACGAUGUAUUAAAAAUAAUCAGUUCCAUUCAAAAUGUAUUAAAAUCAGUGUAUUAAUUCAUCAAUUUUAUUUAUUUACCCGAAUUCUAUUUCAUUCUCUUAAUUGUAAAUUAUAAAUGUGUCUCCAAUUCAAGAGA